CAAACAUUGUACGUUACCAAGGCAAACAAAUAAUUCACUACACCGACACAAAUAUGCUUUAUUUUGUAAUGAUACUACUAUAGGAGUUUCCGAAAGUGUUCAGAAUAACUUAUACAUAUAUACCUCAGAAUGUCAUCAAAGUUCAACAAAGUGAGCGCUGUUAAGCGUUUGUACACACAUACAUAUUUUUCUUAACUUCAUUUUCGCAUAACAAAAAUCUCGGACUUCGCACAGUGAAUAACCGUUAGCAAAAUCACUCACGUAGCUAACUAACAAAUUUUUGGCAAUAUUUUAUACUUUUGCCACAACACUAAACGCCAAAGACAAGUGAAUAAAUCAAUAUAAAAUAAAAAGUAUGCUAAGAAGAAGGAAUAUUAUAUAAAAUAAAUACAAAUAAUUUUAUUGGAUGGCACCUUGGAAUUGGAGAAACCCUUGUACAUCAGCAGUAUCCGACAGUGAUGAAUCAACACAAACACCACCCCCUACUCGAAAACGUGCAAAAAAUGAAAACUUCAUAAGUGCUUUUCGAACUAAAAGUAUUGGAAAAUCUGGUAGAUGCGCUCAAACUAACACCGACAAUAGCUGUAAUCAAAAUCUACAAAUAAAGGCAACAAAAUCUACAACACCUGUUCUAUUUUCCACUAAUCGGGGAUUGUACUUACGAGUUCCUAAGACCAUGACGAAAUCCUGUGUAGCCAAUAAUGAUGAAUGUUUACACGAAAGUGCAACCAGUACUCCUACAACCGACAUAACAGAUGCCACUUUGCCAAGCUAUGGUGGGCUUAAUUUAUCAUUGCCCUCCACUAGUGGCGACGUAAUACGUUUUUGUGAUUUGGAGCGUUGGAGUACAAAUCGUGCCAACACUAUCUGCCUGGAGGAUACGUUCAUAGUGACGCGACACAACGAUAGUUUGCCCGAUCCAAUUGAACUGCCGGCGAAUAAUAACAAUAUUUUAAGCAAUAAAAUUCAACGCAGUGGAAGCAUAUUUUGCGUACCGAGCGGCAGCCGGCACGCUCUAAUAAUGCCACAUAGAAACGUCCGCCAACGAAGCACAAGUAUUCAAAGUACUUUUGAACGUUUCGGGGUAUAUUAAGUAUUUAUCGAAAGUGGUAAAAAGUCGAAUGUUCUGUAAACAGGUUUUAUUUCACAUAUUUGUAUAUUACAACGAAAUUUGUAAAUAAAACUUUAAUUUUUGCACAAGUUGUGUUUAAAAUUAAAUUGUGUUAUCAUAAAACCAAAGUACUGUUGCAGUGCUACCACACC